CACAUUGAAAAAAAAGCCCUCUUUAUCCUAUAACCGGUCUGUUAUCUUGUCCUUUAUAACUAAAGGAGGCUAAGUGAGAUUCUUAUCCUGAUCGCAUUCAGAUAAAAUCAUAUUAAUUACUUGAACUGAAAAAGGUUUGGCAGAUAGAAGUAACUACAGAUGUACUUUGAACCCAGGAAACCAAUAUCAAGUUUUGACAGAAAAAUCGUGAAGAGCAUAUUUAUUAUUGUUGAAUCAAGCGAAGACCAUCUCCUUGUAGGCCGACUUUCUUUACCUUCGACGAGAAACCGAUUUAAAGACCAGACUUUUUCUUUUGUCGCAUUUUAGAUAAUUCUUUUGACUGUUACAACGAGACAAAGCUGAGAGAGUACAAUCUGAUAGUCUGCACCAUCCUGAACCUGUCGGUUACAACGAGACAAAGCUGAGAGAAUACAAUCUGUUAGUCUGCACCAUCCUGAACCUGUCGGUUACAACGAGACAARGYUGAGAGARUACAAUCUGUUAGUCUGCACCAUCCUGAACCUGUCGGUUACAACGAGACAAGGCUGAGAAAAUACAAUCUGUUAGUCUGCACCAUCCUGAACUAUUGCAAUGAGCUCAUCGCUGAACCUAACGAUGUCAAACAGUAGUGACUCUCACUGUGCACAUUGUGAUACUACUGUUGAUAUAUCCAUAAAAAUUGCAGCACUAUGUGUCAUUAUGGUUGGAGCUCUUCUCUGUAAUUCGCUUGUUAUCUCUGUCUUCUUGACAAAUCCUUCGCUACACAAAACAGUCAACUACUUUUUAGUAAACAUGGCUAUAUCUGAUCUACUGUGUCCUAUUGUUGCUAUACCCAAGAGACUGGUUAUGCUGAUUACAAGACAAUCAAGCUGGCAAGUAAAAGGAACAGCAGGCUUAAUACUAUGUAAGGUGCAACCUCUCUUGCAAGAUUUGUCACUGGCAGUUUCUAUUCUUAGCAUUAUCUGCAUCACAGUGGAUCGAUUCUAUGCCGUAAAGCGUCCUUUACGAAUCAGCCUAAUACCAGACAAAGCAAGAUGCUUAACUAUUGUGCUUAUUUGGCUUCUUGCAUUCCUAAAUUACUCACCUUACCUCGAUGCAUUUGAACUGGCCAUAUACCAUGGAAAGACGUACUGCAAUUUGAAAUGGACCCCCAAAUCUGUGACUAUCUUUAUAACCUAUGUCGCCGUUCUGUAUGGUGUUCUACCGUGGAUUCUAGUUGUGAUAUUGUACGGAUUUAUCAUGGUUUGUCUUCGACGCGCAAAGGUUCGCAUGCAAGCAAAUGCUCAAAGUUUGAUGCAACAUCGACGCACAGCCAGUGUGACAAGGCAAGCAUUUGCAAUCGUCUUCGCUUUUGCUGUGUGUACUUUUCCACAAACUGUAAUCUUUAUGAUUCUUGCGUAUUACUAUAAGUUCACUUACUCUCCUCUUCCUUACUGGCCUCAGUUGUACUUUGCAACAGAAUUUAUGUUGUUCGCUAAUUCAGUUCUCAAUCCGUGUAUCUGUUUGUUCCUUAAUGAAAACUAUCGCAAUGGUUUGUGGAGGCUGCUGAGACGCAGUGAUCGUAUUCAUCCUGACGUUGUGAGAGAAGAGAUACCCAUUGAAAACUUGACAAGAUCUACUGUAGCGGCACGACAAUAAGCAAGGUGACUGUAUGAUACGAUAUACGUCCUACAAGCCGGAAUUCUUGCCUUUUUACAAACCGACGAACUAUAAAAUCAGUAGUAAUAGCCGAUAAAAACUACAAUAUACAACAGAAUAGAAUAGUAUAGGAUUACUGCAUUUAAUUUGUGAGUCAUAUAUCAUGACACAAAGUAUAUCAGAUAUACCCAUGUAUACUAAAAGGGUAAUGCAUGUAUAUCCCUUAUAUCAUGAACCAUGUGUAUCCUAUUCUUGACUUUCACUGAUCACGUGAUAGUCUAAAAAAGCUAUUUAGAGGCAAAAUUAGCAAACUUUUAUUAUUGUUCUCGAGAGAACAUCUUAAUUAAAGGAUCAUUACGAAAUUUAGAGCCAAAAUAAUGAUUUUUAACAGAAAUACAAGCGAUCGAAAAUUGGUAAGAAUGUAUGGGAUUAGCACGGCUCAAUGCGUUUUGGACUAGUCAAGAAAUACCUACAAAAAGCUUUGUUUUAAGAUUCAAAUUAAUCUUUUAAGUCCAAGGAUCAAACAAGUAUAUAACUCCCAACAGUUAUGCAAAGUUUGAAUCAAAACUGUGAUUUCCUAGCGAAAAUAUAAGCGUUUUAAUACGGUCUUACUUUACAAAGAAAUGUAUGGGGCCGCCAUGAUUGUGCCCCCGUCAGGAGCAUAAAGAUGGCGGACCGUAACUCCGAGCAUCGAAUUGAGCUCAAAACUAAUGAUUUUGCUUUAACUUUACAAACUAUAUCAUUGUAAACAUGUAAAUUGAUGCUGAGACUAUAAUUGUUUUAAGAUUCAUAGACUUUUCGAGUAUUUUUGGCGUGUAUCAAGUCGCGUGGCAGUAUUACGUAACAUAUCUUUGAACGCUAAUAACUCAACGAAUAAACAGCAAAAAAAGUUU